AUGAAAAUAGCAUUUUUUAUAUGGUUUUUCUAUAUCUGUCCAAUAGUGACCAGUUUUCAGAUUGAACAAGCCGAACGAGAAACCAGACCAAAAAGUAGACAAAAAAUUCAGGUAAUAUCUGGCCCAGAAUAUGUACAAACAGCAUUUCCGGAUCCGAAAAAUUGUAAACGAUUUUUUAUUUGCAAUGGUGGUGUCUAUCAUCUGCAGUGUCCGGUUGGCCUACUUUAUAAUACCGAUUUAACAAAAUGUGAUGUACAAGCACAAGGCGGUCGACCAGGUGCUAAAAUAAAUCCAGAAUCUGAUCAAGAUUUAUCUGUGUUUCCAGACUUAUUUGAUAAGUCAAGAAUGUUCCUGUGCGACGGAAUAAGUCGGCAGUAUGAAUGCUCAGGAAAUUUGUAUUAUAAUGCCGAUUACGCGAAAUGUGAUUUAGUUGGUAGUCUGUUAUGUAGACUUCGAUGGAAUUCUUAA